AUGUCCGGGAGCAUGCUGCCAGCACUGCCUUGGGGAGCCACCGCUCCUUCGGUGUCCAAGGGCCCGUACUCGCAAGAAAAGGCCCUGGAUGACGUUCCAGCUCUAAGCUAUGCACUCCACUUGUUUUUGUCGUCCCACAUGGUUGAAGCGGAGGAGUAUUGCUCUCGGUGUGAUCCUAAGAGGGAGCACCUGUACUUCGCUACGGGAUUCGGGCUUAUCCAAUGCUUCAAGGGACUUAUGUCUUUUGAGGAUGAGGAUCUCGUCUCUGGUCUAAACCAUGUACGUCACGGCAAUGCAGUAGCAAGUCGGCAUCGGAAGCGCACGGCGUCUCUACCCACACGACUCGCAGGACUUGUGAUGGGUUCUCUCAAUACAUCGGGAGUGGGAUUCAUUAAGAGCAUGACCCGGGUUGAGCGGCAUGCGGAGCUAGUUUACGCAGAAAGUCUAUUCGAGAAAGCGUUGAUAGGGAUUGUAUAUUCGGGAGAUUGGUUAGCUUUCAUCAAGGAAGCACUGAACAUGCGGACAACAAUCAAUAUAUAUCGUCAGCUAGGCAAGUUUCUUGAAGAAGCGGACGCUGCAGCGCGAGCGCGUGGUGAAGGCCUCGAGGAUAGUUCGAUCGAUGCCGACUUCCGAUCUGGUGUCUAUCUGGGUGUUGGGAUGCUGAACGUGAUCUUGUCGCUCAUGCCUUCUAAAUUGCUCACUGUAAUGGAGAUGUUCGGUUAUACAGGCGAUCGGCACGUAGGCCUUGAGUACUUGAUGCGGUCUGGGGGAUGGACAGCCGGAUCCGAUGAACCGGCUGUCAGUUUAGAGAGCGAGGGCAUUCGCCGUUCAAUAUGCGAUAUGUCGCUCUUGAUUUUCCAUCUAGUUCUCUCCAGUGUUACAUUUGAUGGCGUCGAUAUUGAUAUGGCCCAGAAAAUCCUCAAUUAUCAUGUCAAACGAUACCCUAACGGCGUAUUCUUCCUCUUCGGGCAAGGUCGUCUGAGCUUGUGCCGCGGGCAACCUGCCGAGGCGAUCACAUACUAUACCAAGGCUGUGGAAGCCCAGAACCAGUACCGCAACAUGCACCACAUCUCCAACUGGGAGAUCGCCGUGGCAAGCCUUGCGCUUUGGGACAUCGAAGAGUCGCUGAGGUGCUGGCAGAUACUCACGGCGGAAGCGACGUGGUCGAAGGCUGUGUACGCGUAUGGAACUGCUGUUUGUCUGCUCCAACUAGGAGACGAUAAGCGGCGCGAAGAUGCGGCGAAGUUGAUGGCGAAGGUCCCUCAAUUGCGACAGCGGAUCGCUGGCAAGUCGAUACCAAUGGAGAAAUACAUCGCACGGAAAGCGCGCAAAUUCCAAGAUCAGGGUGGACGUCUGGCAUUGGCUGCCCUGGAGCUUGCGUAUAUUUUCCUUGCUAUCGCCCGCGCUCCGCGCGAGAUUAUUGUGUCCAAGAUGCUCCCUCUCGUUGCAGAGAUGUUGGCGACGCUGCAAGUGCAUCAGGCUGAUCCUUCGAAAUACGAACAGGGCACUGGUUACUGGGAUGACCUUUGCCUUACAUAUUUCUUGCAGGGCAUUUGUCUUCGUUAUGUUGCAUACCCAGAUGCAGAUGCCGUGACGGACCCCGAUGAGAAGGCGCUCAUUGGGCAGGCAGAAGCAGAACGCGAUGCUCUGCUGGCCUUUGAAGCUGUCUUUACGAAUGGAACUAAGGUUACGCUAGACCAUCAUCUCAUCUAUUAUGCUCACUACGAAUAUGGAAGACUUCUUGCAUGCAAGGGCGACAAAGAAGGCGCCAGGAAACAUCUAGAACUUGUAAUGUCCGGUAAGCCUCUCGAAGGCCCAGGAGGCAAUCAUAGAAAGGGUAAAUACAGUCUGGAGAAUGCCCUCCACGUUCGUACAAACGCUGCUCUCGAAGCAUUAGAUCACAAGGCACGGUUGUGA